AUGCAAUUGAAAAAGCCGCAUUGGCUGGCGCCCACCGUCCUGGUCACGUCCUUCCUCGCUGGCGUCGCUUUGGCUAUUGGUCACCAUCUCUACUAUCAAUCCCUUGAAGGCGUCAGUCCAGAAGGUCGACAAUACAACCCGGUCACUAUUGGCACGGCCAUAGUGUUCAUGGUACGCACCACGUUGAUCAUUACGGUCACGACGGCAUACUGGCAAGUUUUCUGGCGCGUGUUGCGACGGAAGCUGCCCAUCGCGACAAUCGACAGCCUUGCUGGAGCGUUGAGCGCUGUUUACGAGAUUUUGUCACUCAAGACGCUACGUGCGAGUCCCUUACUCGUUGGGCUGGUGCUGCUGGGAUGGGGUAUACGGGUCGCGAUUGUCUUCCCUGCUGGUACGAUUGCGCCUGGCGGAAAUUAUACGAUUGAGCAUCAUGAGCAGGUAUUGCAGUAUCCCAAUUUUACGAACGCGGCGGCAUACGAAAUGAGCGGAGGAGAGCGAGGCCGAGAUGAUCUGGCAAAACGAGACACAGGGAUGGGGGGAGGGACUCCUUACAUCGAUGGAGUGUGGCGGGGGCCUACCACUUUGUUGAAGAGAAUCGUUGCGCCGGUAUUCUAUCGUGGAGUACCAUACUUGCGGCCGCCACUCACUAACUCUUCCUAUCAACUCACAUUUGCGGGACCAGCUGUUCGCUGUGAAAACAUGGAAGUCGAACCGAUCCUGGAGAGUCUCUCGCUGGCGAUGCAAAAUUGCAGUAUUGAUGGCAAACCCCCUUUCUGUAAGGACGAUUGGAUGAGUGAAUUUCGAUAUCUAUCAUGGACACCCUCUGGUAUACUAGUUCCCUUCGCCAACGAAAGCAUAAGCAGGAUCGAUGCAUUGCCUGUAACAUCUAAUCUGGGAGCGCGUAGUGGCGGUCCGGUGUCCCUAGUGGUAGCCAUCCGCUAUAUCGCUGAUCUGAGCAGUAAUUCUAACUGGACAGUGCUCAACUGUUCUCUGUACAAUGCAACGUACGAGACCUCAUUCGAACUCCAAAACGGACAGCAGAACGUUACGAUCAUUGGUUACGAGAUCUCUGAUUCUGUGAAAACGAAUGGGAACAGCUCGGGGCUGUAUGGAGUUCCUCGAGAUCAGUUUGCGUUCUCGAAAGCCAAAACGCGAGCAUACUUUGCAGUCAUGGAGAUGCUCGGCGAGAUGUUGACAGGCACGGUCUACGAGGCCAGGCUCGACAGCCGGCAGAUUUACGACACUCGUGUAUUGGAGUCAAAUCUUGCGUUCACCCAGGAAAUGUAUCCGAUCUACAUGAACGAGACCACUAGAUCACCAGUUGAGGACCCCUCUCUUCCGACCCUGGCAUCUGCGAUCGAACAAGUCGUGCAGAAUAUAACGAUCUCGCUUUUCAGUGAGCCAGGCCUGCUCACCACAGAGUCUGAUCGCACCGCAGAUAUCGUGGUUUCGAGAUACGAGAUUGUAUACUUCUACAACUGGCAAAGACUGGCGAUCUCAUACAGCGUUGUGCUCCUCCUGGCUCUUGUGGCAAUGUUCGUUGGGCUCUAUACCAUCUUCAGCACCGGGCAGUCUUACAGCAACAACUUCUCGACCAUUCUUCGGGUUGCACAAAACGAAAACCUUGCUGCCUUGAUCGAAGAGCGGGACAGAAAGGGACAAGAUCCGUUGCCGAGUCACAUAGCGAAGGCCAAGUUCGGCGUCGAAGCUGCGGGAGAAAGGGUCGAGCUAAGGAGACGUGUUGGGAAAAGAUGUAAGGCCCGAGCAUGA